AUCCUCUUGAUCAGUCAACAGAAUGGUUGGAGCUGUUGAACGAGCACCCUAUCUUUAGCGACGGUAUAGCUAACGAAAAUAUUGAAUUUGUCGACGGCAAGCAAUCAUGCCUUGCGUUCUCAAACAAUGAGCUUUACGUUGCUAUCGGGUCUAAGAUUCGAGUUUUGAAUCUUCUAGAUCUAAUGUCUGCGUUUGUUAGAUUUGAUCAUGACGAUGUUACCACGGAUGCUUUAGACAGACUGAAUGAAGUCGACUACGUGGAGUUGCAGAUUCCAGAGAUUGGAUUUCAAAUUCGAUCGAUAGUACCCGAUUCCUAUCAUAAAGCGAGAAUGAUUGCUGUCGCAGGUGAUUCAGAAUUGGUGGUUGUUACUUUACCAGAAUACACCGAAGAAGAUGACGACGAUUGCAGAGCAUAUACUGUUGGAACUCUUCAUGAGCCAGGAGAGGGUAUUAAAAUAAUGAAAGUGGCAUGGCAUCCAUUGAGUGAAUAUGGAAGCCAUCUUGUUGUUUUGACAGAAGACGGCGUGUUAAAAAUGUACGAUGUAUUCGAGGAUCUCAAACAACCUGAACAAAUAAUAUAUUUUUCAUCAAAGGCGCGCCCUCCGUCUCGGUAUGCAUCCUUUGAUUCAAAGUCUGAGGAUGCUGCAUCAUUCUGCUUCGGAGAGGGCGAAGAUGAUUGGGGCCCUUUUGUAAUUUACGUGGUUAUGAAGGAAGGUGACAUCCGAGCCGUUUGUCCGUUCCUACCGAAUAGAAGACAGGCAGAGAACUCUUAUAAUCUGGACAAGAAAGCUUAUUCAACACUAUAUGAGCUAUACCGCCGGCAAGCAAAAUGGAUAUGCUCAGUCAUGAAUCAAAUUGAAGACUAUGAAAAUGAAAAGGUCGUUAUUAAUCCACCAACUCUUUCCGAACAUAUUGAAAUCCAAGGUCCGUUUGAGAUCAAUCCAAAACCAAUUACAUCAACUCAUACAUAUGAGGCUACUGAUAUUAUAUACUUGGAUUCUGAUCCUGUCGGGGUGAUUAUAAUCGCGUAUGACAAUGGUUUCGUGAACGCGUACAUUCAAUUCGAAAGAAUCGAGGGUGCAUGGCAGUUAUCGAAAUUACCGCCAUACUGUCCGAGUCUUACUUUGUACGAAUGUAUCGAUUUGGAUUUUAGCCAAAGUAAUACGUCACUGAUAAAGCAUUCUCCGAGCCUUGUGCGCGAUGCACUUUUGCCAGAUAGGAUUUUUGUCUACCACGGGGAGGGACUUCAUGCAAUUAGCGUACAACCUUGGCUGCGCGAAUUGAAACGGAUGUAUGAAAAAGGAAUAGAGGCAGGAGAUAUAUCGGUGUUGCAAGCGGAUAUCCAUUCGGAUGUAAUUUGGGUGGCCACUACGCAGGAUAAUGCGAUUCAUGCUUCUGGUUCGCAUGUUGAUGGUAGCGGAAGAAUUUUCUUUCAAAAUCAAGGCCUACCAGAGUCAGAUCCUCUCGUCGGUCUAUGCCUAAUUCAUGGUGCUCCAUUAUGUUAUGCGGUAAUAAUGCUUACAAAAUCGAGAACGGUAGCUUGUCAAGAACUUGCACUUCCGACGGCUAUAAAUGCAAUAUCUAGUGUUCAGUUAAGACCGUUUAUUCAAUCGGAAAAACCAGUCGCGUCACCAUCGCCGGCAAUUGAAGCAUUAAGUCAAUUCUUCAAUUCACAAGGCUUGCCUCGACGACCGCAAAUCAUUCAAUCGCGGAAUGUACCUGAUUCGUCGAGGGCAAAAUUAACACCUGAAAUGACUGCGAGCGUUGUUCAACUAGCCAAGUAUCUUAAUCGAUACGCCGAGGCUAUAAUAACGGGGCUGGAUGACCUCGAUAACCGUACCAAAGCGCAGGCGGCCCAACUAUUUCAGCUUAGUGACGCAAUCGAAGGUGCAGUAUUGUUUGAAGCUGAAGCGAGAGAACGACUGUUGGCAUUGCGAGAGCGUCAACGAACGAUAGAAAUAAGAGCUAUGACACUAUUACAAAAGUUACUUCAUGAGCAGGAGCCGGCUUCUGACGAACAGCAGCAGAUAUAUUUGGAGAGUCUUGAACGGUUAAAGCUAGAAAUUGAUGACGAGAAUGGUGGUGGAUUGCGCGCGAGAAUUAAUGAACUCGAAGAAAUUCACGAAUCAUUACGAGGAGACUAUCAUCUACUCAAGCCGCAGAACAAAACAAGCCUUAAAUUGUCCGGAAGUCAAUUGGCUAAAGUUCGUGAAGCAUUAUCUAAAGAAACGGAAAUGAUUGAGGAAACGAAACAAAAAAUCGAUUUUAUUCAGGAUAAAUUGGAGCAGUUGAGAUUGAAUAUUUUAUGA